AUGCAUAUCCGCUCACUCUCGCAAUCGCUCUGUGGUCACGCCCACUCUUCAACCUCUCCGCCAAUCAGAGAGCACGUUUUCAUGUCGCAGCACGCUUGCUAGCGGAAGUAGCAGUGGCACCACAGUUGGCACAAACAACCUCAGUCUUGAUAAAUAGGAUGGAGGUGGAUCAGCUGCUGUCUCUCUCAGGUUCAGCACUGGCUCAGGCCAUCAGCUCUCUGCUGGAAACCCCAGGCCUCUAUGUUUUCUCAGACAUACUAGAACUGCCCAACGUCCGCGAGCUGGAGACGGGUCCCCACGCACCAGUGUACCAGCUUCUCAAUCUUUUUGCGUAUGGAACCUACUGCGACUAUAAAGAGAGGGCAGCCUCACUUCCUGAACUCACACCCGCCCAGAAGAACAAACUCCGUCACCUGUCAAUCAUCAGCCUGGCCUCCAAUCUAAAGUGUCUGCCGUAUUCACUACUGCUCCAGCAGUUAGAGCUGAAGAAUGUGCGUGAGCUGGAAGACCUGCUGAUCGAGGCUGUUUACAGUGACAUUAUCCAUGGGAAGCUGGACCAGAGGAACCAGCAGGUCGAGGUAGAUUGCAGUAUAGGUCGCGACCUGGGCCCCAACGAAUUACCCAACAUUGUCAACACACUGCAGGAGUGGUGUGCAGGCUGUGAAGCAGUUCUGUGUGGCAUUGAGGAGCAAGUGUCAAGAGCCAAUCAGUACAGAGAGAGCCAGCUCAAGGUCAAAGUUCAAGUGGAAACAGAGGUAUCAAACCUACAAAAAACCCUCAAGGCAAGUUCUGCUUCCCCAUCAUCUGGCCCCGCCCCUGCUGGAGCAGCAUCCAAUCAAGAUGCAGACCAGCCAGCUGAGCCAAGAGACCCCGCCUCCUCUCAGGAACCACGGCAACCAGGAAAAAAGAGCUCAAAGGUCAAAGGGCUUCGUGGGAGCGGAAAGAUUUGGUCAAAGUCGAAUUGAUCUCAAGCCCUGAGUUCAAUCUUCAGUUACCCACUCACAGACAGAUAUUUUGUGGACUGCUUGCUUGGAUAGACAGAUAAAUACCACUUUGCCAGUUCUCAGACACAAUCCACCAUCAUAGUCUAAUACAACUUUUACACAACGCUGGGUGCGUGUUUAUGUACAUGUGUGCUGUAAAUGUCAUUUAAUUUGACUCAUACUCCUUUUCCUUUGCGUGUUUGUUUUUUGUUCAUUAUUAAAUCUGGAUGUAAAUUGAUGAAGCCAAUGAAUAAAUGAUAUCCAUCUGUCA